CUCGGCUCUAGGCCCCGCCCCUCCCUCCGCGCGGCCCCGCCGCCAUUUCGCUGCCCCGGAAGCGCUCGCGCCCCCCGUGCCCGGCGGAACAUGGCGGCCGUGUCGGUGCUGCGCGCGCCCGCCGGCGGCUUCAGCUUCGACAACUGCGCUCGGAACUCGCUGCUGGAGGCCGAGCUGGUGCAGAGGGGGCUGCGGGUGCCCGCGCCGCGCAAGACCGGCACCACCAUCGCCGGCGUCAUCUUCAAGGAUGGCGUCGUCCUGGGAGCGGACACCAGAGCCACGGAGGGCAUGGUCGUUGCUGACAAGAACUGCUCGAAAAUACACUUCAUUUCUCCGAAUAUCUACUGCUGCGGGGCGGGCACAGCUGCAGACACGGAGAUGACGACUCAGCUGAUCUCCUCCAACCUGGAGCUGCACUCCCUGUCCACGGGACGGCUCCCUCGGGUGGUCACUGCCAACAGAAUGCUCAAGCAGAUGCUCUUCAGGUACCAGGGCUACAUCGGGGCCGCGCUGGUGCUGGGCGGCGUGGACGUGACGGGCCCCCACCUGUACAGCAUCCACCCGCACGGAUCCACCGACAAGCUGCCCUACGUCACCAUGGGUUCUGGAUCGCUCGCGGCCAUGGCAGUGUUUGAAGAUAAAUACAAACCCGACAUGGAGGAGGAGGAGGAGGGAGCCAGCCUGGCUUUAUGGAGCAUUUUGUGUAUUAGGAAGGAUAUAUUACCAGAGGGCCCAAGGCCUCUUUUCCAAAUAAAACAUUGACCUUCAUUCCCUUCCAUCCUUUUGUCAGAGGUAAAGCAAUGGUCAGAUGGGCAGUUUGCUUUAUUUGAAGGCAGACGUGUUAUUGCUUGAUAUUAAUUUUUUAUAUGCAGUAACAUAAAGUAACUUUAACUGUACUCUUUUGCAGGGUUUGCAUAUCUGGGUGGCUGAGGGUCACUGUGUUACUGCAGAGCAGCACAGAGGGGCCAGAGGAGGAGCUGCAGCCAGGCAGGAAUUACAGCUCUGGUGCUGUUAAGCAGUUCCCAUUUUGAGAAUCAGUUCCCUAAAAACCCAUGAACUUUACUAAGUGAUGGAUUGAAUGAGUUUUUGUAAUCAUUCUUAGUUCAGAGAAUGGGAAUAGUGUUAAAAGAAAUCCCAUCGUUGUGAGAAGAGCUUGUAAUUUAAUUCUGUGGCAUUGGAAAUAUGGAUUGUACUAAUCCCCGUGCAGGGAAUGACACACAGCAGCUCAUGUUAUUGAGGAGUAGUUCCGAAUCAUAUAAGUUUCUUGUCUUGGCAGGUAAUUUGGCAUAAAUUGUUAAUGUAAAUCCAGGUUAGUGGGGAAGACGUUAUUUUACUAAAAAAGAUAAACUGCUGAUUAAUUCAGUAUAGAACUCAAUUACAAAUUGAAAGUGUCUCUGCGGGACGCCAGUACCCUAAAGACAGCAGAUGUUGAAUUGAUACUCCAGCAUAUUUCACCCUGGUAUGAAAUAUUAACGUGGUUUAUUAUACUGGUGGUGUAUGAUAUCAGAGAGGGGGUGGGGACGAGGCAGCUUCCUCUGAACGGGGAAGAACUGUUAUCUCAGAAUAAUUACUGGGGACUACUGAGCAGUUUAUCUGAAAGUUCUUAGCAGAGGAUGGUUAGAAAAAUAAACAUUUACUGACACUUCAGUCACAAAGAAUCCAAACAUAAAACACAUAGGUUUAAUUUAACAUUUUUUUUAAGAGAGACAAGUUGUGUCAUUCCUUAUUCUAAGGCAGCACUGGAAAUGCUCUUUUUUGGGGGGCGAUUUGUUAAACCUGAGUGGUUUAAAUGACACAUGCCAGCCCCUUUCCUGACAGCCAAACCAAAUCUAUUCUUGCUGCUGGAGCCUUCCAGCCUCCCCUUACAAGAAACAGAAAGUCCUUUGCUUCUCAGGUUUGUUCUCUUUGGACUUGGAGCAGACUUCAGCAUCUCUUCCAGGUCAGACUGAUCUCCCCCCAGCCCCUCACUCCCGUGCACUGCUGGUUCUCUCCCAGACUCUAAUUAUGCUCCUGUAGGUGCCUGUGUCCUUCAAGAGGAUUGCUUUCUACCCCCAAAUUCCAACACUCCUUUAUCGAUUUAUUUUUUGUUGCCAUUGUCCUUCCUGAAGCUUCUGAUUUUUUUUUUCUUCCCUUCUCUUCCCAUAUAAGUCUUGGAGAUUCUCAUUUUAAGUAGUAUCAGCUUUCUUUAUGAUAGCAUUUGAACAAAUCUCGUUGUAAAAGGCUAUUAUGAUAAGUAUUUGCAUUUGUUUAUUCUUACAAAAAUACUUGUUUAUGUUGAUGUUGUACUGAUUGUGCAUUGCAUUUCAAAUCUUCCUAAGAAUUGCUUUGGAGAACUGCAUUAUGUAUUGCAUCUCUAUCACCAUCCUGCUGAUCUGCAGCGGGCAUUAAUUUUAUUUUGGUAUGAAAAAAAAAAA